AGCAAGCCAGAUCCAGAUUCUGCCCCUUUCUACUAAGCAUCAUGGUGACUAGGGCUGAAGACCAGGUGUCUUCCUUGAGGCCCCAUUUAAUGUGAUUGUGACUCCACCCACUUAGAAACCUGACUCAGCACGUUUCUCUAGCCACUGGGACAUCACAGCCAGUAUUUUUGCCUUACUAGUUUGUUAGUCAAAUAGCUGGUCACUAUUGGAUUCCGCUAUUUCGAGUUCAUUGUCCCUGGUCGCUUCUACAUCUGCAGUGUCAUCCUUUGAGAGAGGCUGGAAGUGAGCCCGUUUCAGAGUAAUAAUUGUGUCUACUCAUCCAUGACUCCAAACAACCUGCAUAAGCUUUGAUUAAGGCUUUGAAUCUACUGAGAAGCAGGCAGAUAAUCAGUGUAAGUGAUUCUUUUGCCUGCAUUUCUUCCUAUUCUAGGAGUGAAGCGCCUGAAAUAGCAUUCUCCAGUUGGUGUGUCUGAAGCACCUACUCAUGGAAUCCCUCCAUACAACGGUCUUAACGAUGGGUCUGAAAUACGAGGCCUUUGCACUCAUCCUGCUGGUGAUCUGAAAUGUGUACCUGGGACAGAGCAGGCACUGACCAACGGCAAUGAACCUGGGCAGCUCCUAGUUCCGCUGGUGUGGAUCUUCAUUACCCCUUCACUGUGAAAGUGUGGCCUGGGCUCCCCAAGGGCUCUCCUGAAAGAUGAGUGAUGGCGUGUGGAUCUCCCUCAGCCCGACAGAAUUUUCGCAGCUCCAGCAAUAUUCUGAUUAUUCCACUAAGAAGCUGAAGGAUGUCUUGGAAGAGUUCCAAGGGGACGGAGUCCUCUCAAAAUAUAACCCAGAACAGCCCAUUGACUACGAGGGGUUUCGGCUCUUCAUGAAGACGUACCUGGAGGUGGAUAUUCCUGAGGAGCUCUGCCAGCACCUCUUCAUGUCCUUCAAACGCAAGAUCUGCCAGUAUUCCCCAGAGUCUCGGCGACAAGGUUCCAGCAUCUCACAGCUCAACAUCCUGGAGCCAAAAUCCAUUGAUGCGGGCAUCUCCAUCCAGACUGAAGUGGCCUGCGCCCCCGUCACAGGGAUCAAUGGGAAAACUCUCUUAAGUGCCCUGGGAAGACACACUCCUGACUCCAGGAGCUCCCCCUCUAGCCUCGCAGAGCAGCAGUCCGCUUCUCUGAUCCCUACACCUCUAGCCAACACCAGUGCCCUCGGGAACGCCUCUCCCAACUGGUCCAGGUCCUCCUCUCAGAAAUCCACCGCCGGCACCCACUCUGCUCACAACUCAUCAGGCUCCUCGAAGAUCUCCGCCGGGGCUGUGCUCAGCCCUCAGUCCCCAGGCUCGCGAAGCCUAGAGAAGAGGUUACCGUUCAGCCUGCGCAAGACCCACAACUCCCUGAAAAUGGCCAAUCCGCACCAGCCAGCCCUCAUGUCUCAGGUAGCCUACCUGAAGGACAUUGUUUGCUACCUGUCGCUGCUGGAAAGGGGUCGGGCUGAAGACAAGCUGGAGUUUAUGUUUCGUCUCUACGACACUGAUGGCAACGGCGUCCUGGACAGCUCGGAGCUAGAUCGGAUCAUCAACCAAAUGGUGCACGUGGCAGAAUACUUGGAGUGGGACUCGACGGAGCUCAAGCCGAUUUUGAAGGAGAUGAUGGAGGAAAUAGACUAUGAUCAUGAUGGCACCGUAACGCUGGAAGAGUGGAUCCGGGGCGGCAUGACCACCAUCCCCUUGCUAGUCUUGCUGGGGAUGGAGACUAAUGUGAAGGACGAUGGGCAGCAUGCCUGGAGACUGAAGCACUUCAAGAAACCUGCCUACUGCAACUUCUGUCGCACCAUGCUGUUGGGGGUCCGAAAACAGGGCUUGUGCUGCUCCUUUUGUAAAUAUACCGUCCAUGAACGGUGUGUGUCCAAAGAGAUUGCCUCGUGCAUCAGCACAUACGUGAAAUCCAAGAGGAACACCAAUGUCAUGCAGCACACCUGGAUCGAGGGGAACUCCCCAGUCAAGUGUGACAGGUGCCACAAAAGCAUCAAGUGCUACCAGGGUAUUACCGGGCUACACUGUGCAUGGUGUCAAAUCACACUUCACAACAAAUGUGCCUCCCACGUGAAGCCAGAGUGUGACGGGGGGCAACUCAAGGAUCACAUCUUGCUGCCUUCUGACAUCUGCCCAGUGGUUCUGGACAGGCAGUCCCACCCCAGGAAAUCAGACAGCGAUUCCCCUGCCAGCACCUGUCCAGACGACACCGCCCAGACCAAAUUCAAUACCACCACACUGGACGGGCACGGCCUGCAGAUCACCCCCAGGCCCAGGACCCACCCUCUGCUGGUGUUCGUGAAUCCCAAGAGUGGAGGGAGACAAGGAGAAAGAGUCCUUCGGAAAUUCCACUAUCUGCUCAACCCCAGACAAGUGUACAACCUGGACCGAGGGGGACCGACUCCUGGAUUGAAUUUUUUCCGUGACGCCCCAGACUUUCGUGUCCUGGCAUGCGGCGGGGAUGGGACUGUUGGCUGGAUCCUGGACUGCAUAGACAAGGCGAACUUGCUGAAGCACCCCCCUGUGGCUGUCCUGCCACUGGGAACCGGCAACGACCUGGCCAGGUGUCUGCGCUGGGGAGGAGGUUAUGAAGGGGGCAGCCUGCUGAAGGUGCUGAAGGACAUUGAACACAGCAUCGAGGUCAUGUUGGACCGGUGGCGGAUUGACGUGAUCCCCACGGACAAGGAGGAGAACGGAGACCCUGUCCCGUACAGCAUCAUCAACAACUAUUUCUCCAUAGGCGUGGACGCCUCCAUCGCGCAUCGAUUCCACGUGAUGAGAGAAAAGCACCCUGAGAAAUUCAACAGCAGGAUGAAGAACAAGCUGUGGUAUUUUGAAUUUGGCACGACUGAAACCUUCGCUGCUACCUGCAAGAAGCUCCACGACUACCUAGAGAUCGAGUGUGAUGGAACACUCCUGGACCUGAGCAGUACCUCACUGGAGGGCAUCGCCGUCCUCAACAUCCCCAGCAUGUAUGGCGGCUCCAAUCUCUGGGGCGAGACCAAGAGACAGCGCAGCUAUAACCGGAUGAGCAAGAAAGUGCCCGAAAAGUUGCACUCCACGGUGGUCACUGAUGCCAAGGAACUCAAGUUCUGUGUCCAAGACCUCAGUGACCAGCUCCUGGAAGUGGUGGGUCUCGAGGGAGCGAUGGAGAUGGGGCAGAUCUACACCGGACUGAAGAGUGCUGGAAAGAGACUGGCUCAGUGUUCAUCUGUUACCAUCAGAACAACAAAGCUGUUGCCCAUGCAGGUGGAUGGAGAGCCCUGGAUGCAGCCUCCCUGCACAAUAAAAAUUACCCACAAAAGCCAAGUGCCGAUGUUGCUGGGCGCUCCCCAGAAGAGCAGCUUCUUCUUCCUGAAGAGAAGAAACCGAACUCAAGACUAAAAAAGCAAAGAAAUCAAGUCCAGAGGUGACAACGCUGCAUCCCGCUGGCAACUGCUGCAAGGAAGGCUUGUGGAAAAGGACCCUUCAUCUCUUCAGAGUUCCUGACUUCUCGCUCUGCUUUGGAAACAGCAGACCGGAGGCAGUGGUUUGAACAGCAAGUGGAAAAGAGCAGCCAAUGGUUCCAUGUGAAAUGAGGUGUGGUUUGGGUUUGUACACACACACACACACACACACACACAUGCACACACACACGCUACUGGCAGGCACCACCUGGAUGGUUUGAAAAAUGAGAUUAUUCCUAGAACGUCUCAGUCGCAGGAGUGAAAACAAACUCUCAGUGCCGGGGAAGGGUUUUGUCCCUGGUGAAGCCUUAGACUCUGUUGAGAAAAUUUUUUAUCCUCUGAAAAUAGACCAGCAUAGAUGGCCUGGAAUGGAUGGAGUAUAAUAUCUGGCCCAACACUGCAAAUGAGAGUUGGUUUCUUUCUUUUUAUUUAAACAAUUAACUCCCCACUCGUCCCCCAAAGUUGCCAGUGAAACAGCGACCUGGCAAGAAGCUGAGUGUUACUUAUUUAUCGUUUAAUGCUGUCCAAGGACACUGGAUGUUUCAUUGCACUGUCCCUGUGGUCACCAGAUCCUACACAUUCUAACAAUCUUUUGUUGUCUUAGCUUCAAGAAUAUUGAGGAGAGGGGAGAUGGUGCCUUUUCUCAAACUGUUCUAAUUUCAUUGUUUCAAAUCGCCCCACCACUAGCUUUUCUUUGGGGGGGGGUGGGUUAAACAGAAGCAAGUUUGUCAUUCAAUUUCAGACCCAUUUGGGUGUGAGCUAUGUUUGGAGAGAGGGAGACAGAAGGGACGGGGGAGGCCACACAAAGAGAGCCCGUUCCUUGGAUGCCAGAAACAAACUCAGGGUAAACAAGAGAAGACAACACUUGGAAUGUAUAACUGGUCAAACAUGGUCCUUGCCAGGCUGCCAGCCUCCAUGGAAUCCUGAAUCCGAUUUUGGACCGCACCUGUCUGUUUUUAUUUAUAUAUUUAUUGAACAGAUUCUUUUUAUUUAAAAAGAAAGUUUGACAGGAAUGAAACUUCCCAAUUUUCCCUGGAAGUUCCAGCUAAGAGAGAGGCCCAAACUCUCUCUAACAGGAGAGUAUUAUUCUUAAGAUAGUUGCUUUAGCCCACUGACAAAUGACCUGAGUUGAAUUUUGGAUGUGAUGUGGCACUCAGCCUUCACUAUGCCGCAAAGGGCUUAUGCUGAAUCAUCACAAUCCGUGGCAGGCUUGUGCAUGACUGUGGAAGAGGCGCUGGUCUGGGGAUGAAAUCAAAGUCAACCCAGAAGUAGCACUGCAUAGAGUUAUUUGCUUUCUAAAGCACAACAGUGCAGAGGUGGGGCAGGGGGGAAGAAAGGUAAAGAGUAUACAGCAAAGGGAGACAAAAGCAACAUGGCUUCAAAUGUGAUUGUAAUACACAAUUUGCUACUAUGCUUUCCUGCCUAGGGGACUUGUAUUCAGAUUUGGCUUAGAUCAUAUGAGUGUGAUGGUCUCAUCCUAAUUCCCAUUGAAUCCAUGUCCUGAAUAUCAAAUCCGCCAACUUGAUGGUUGGCAGUUAGGCGGAGUGCUGGGUCAAGAUCUUCUCUGCCAGCUAUGGACUGGUGACAGCACUUGCUUAUACACACCAGCUGUGUUCAUCAUAGGAUCCUUUAAUGCUCUCCUGGUAUGGCUGAGGUUCAUUUAAAUAAAGAUAUUUUACACACCAUGCCGCAAGUGGCUGAACAGUACAAUACAUCCAUUACAUCUCCCCCUUUAAGUUCUAUUUGCCUCCCAUUUACAAUAUUUACGCUAUCCUGCCAACUUUGAAGUUCAGUAUGGACCAGUCUGUUAAGUGUCUCUGAAUCAUACUGAUUUUCUAACUGCAUCACCCAAACGCAUAACACCUUGGUCAUCUGGCUGUCCAGUAGUUGCCAGCUAUUGUCGGUUUGGAAUCCUUGAGUCGUCUUCUUGUUCUGCCCCUGCCAUCUGUAGAGAUUGCUCUGUUGAUUGUUCUUUCGGAGGAACAAACUGUAGGUAUUGAUGGUUUCUGUUGAACUCUCUACUGUCAGUCUUGAUCACAUAUGAUCUGGGCACUGAAUUUUUUCUUCAUGAGAACUGCAGUUGUCAAUCCCAUUUCUUCAUCCAAUUUGACAUUAACACAGUCACCAGGUUCUAGACCCAACAGUUCUCUGAAUGACUUCUGUUGUAAAAGCUCUUAUAGACUUUAUAUCUGAUUUGGCUACUCUCUGCAUGUCUGAGCACUUUGGAGAUAGAAUCUGAGUUGUCCUCCCAUCAGGAGUUGUGCUGGACUCCAUCCAGUAGCCACUGUUGGUGUUGAACUGUAACUCAGAAGAGCAAGGAAUGGAUCUUCCUGCUAUAGGAUUUUCUUGGCUGUCUGUACAGCUCUCUCAGCCUUUCCAUUUGCUUGUGGGAAACUUGAGCUACUAGUAAUAUGACCAAAUUAUAUUUCAUUCAGAAUUACUUAAAUGGAUCUCCUUUCAAAAGUCCAAUAACAUCAAAUCCUCUGAGUUCUUCCACCUUUCGUACUAGGCUCAUCAUGGCUGCCAUGCUGUGGCUGAGAAGGCUAUUGGUCUGUGGUACUUUGAUCACAUACGCUCUGAAUGCAAAGCUUUUGUCUUUGUAAGUUGUUUCUGUGGUGAACUGGUCCAUGCAGUUCAGAAUACCUCCUGGGCUAGUCAGAGCUGUGAGGUGACUUCAGCUCUGGGAGGGGUUGAACGUGAUUGUAAGUCCCUUCUGAGAGGACUGUAACAUCAGCUCCUGAGUCAAUUUUAAAGUCAAUAGUUUUGCCGUGAAUAUUCCGUUUCACUUUCCAGGCAGGCUCUGUGUCGUCACAAGGGAUAGAUUCCCAGAAACAAUGCCCCUUGAUGGUCUGUCAUAUGAGUCAACUCCCUGACUGUUUUGGUGCAGCGAACAGCUGCAAAAUGUCCAUAUUUCGUGCAUGUAGGAAACCGUGCGCCUGUGCCUGGACAUGCAUCAUCUCUUGGGAUGUGACUUUUUCCACACCAAGCAAUAGCCCUGCACAGCUCCCCCUGAAAGUGCUUUUUGGGAAGGAGAACAAUGUGCUGUGGUCAUCUCCCUACCAGCACAACACCUGCAGGCAUGCCAACACCUCAAGACUGACUGUGAGAAAUGCAGCUGGUGGAACUAACAGCGCCAGCCCAGAUGACUUGAUCUUCAUCUAUCACUGGGUGGAGAUUGUCAACCAGUGCAGCUAGCUCAGUCUCCAUAUCAGACCAAAGCUGGUACCCAGUUUGUCAUGGGCCACAGAGAGCUGAGGCGAUCUAGGUGCUGUGACGGUGUCACUCUACAGGCUUGUCCAGGGGACUUUGACCAUAAAGGGAAGAUCAGACCCUGGACAAAAAUGAACCAGAUUGUCAGUGUCAAGCAGUGACUUCCUGAGCACAGGCCAAGGCUGGCGUCCUGCCCCCUGCAGGGAGGCACUGACAACCUCUCUCAGCACAGGACUGGGCACUUCCCACUGGCCUUCUCCACCCACAAGGGGCAUGGAUCCAACGCACAGGAUGCAGCCCAAAGCCCUCCCAGCACCUUCAGGCCCUUGAGAGCCCCCCAGGACACUGACCCACACAGAAAGACAGGUCAGUCUGAAUGGAAGCAUUUGACCGGGCUGAGACAGGGUGUUUCACCGAGAUAUCCUCAAACUACCCAAGAAGGCGGAGAUUGAGGAUGUGACAUUGGAGGGGACUGAGCUGCGAGGAGGACUCUAGAGCAGAGCAUGCCUAUGAGCACCACAUCCUAUGUCUGGACACUCCACAGCAAGCAGAUGGAGCCUUGAGAGUCAUUGCUAACAUGGGCAGAACUAAUCCAUGUGUGGCUUGGCAGACUUCGCUGGGCUGUGACCAGGAGCACAUAGAUGGGAGUUCCUGAGAGUGUCCAGAGAAGAGAGGAAUAACCAAGUGUUUAGAACAGAGGGAAGCUAGUUUGGAAUUGUUUUCCGGUCCUCAUUUCCCACUCCAUUUCUGCUCUCCCCACUCCAGGCAUCAGGGGGCCCCAAGGAAUCAUCUUCCUUCUUCCCCUGCCCUGAUCUCUUCUCCUCAUCCCCAAGCCUAGGAGUGUGGCUGCAGCAACUGAUCUUCUGCUCCCUGCCAUGAUCAACACCAUACCUGAUCCUCGCUUGCUCUGCUUCCCUCAUAUGGCUACCUAUUUUGCUGCACAGAGCAUCCAAAUCUCACCACUUUCUGCUUCAAGUGCAAGCCACAUUUCUUUGGCCUUGCUUUUCUAAUAGGCCAAAGAACAGAGCAGCAGGUAUAAUUUUAACACACACACACACACACACACACACACAAAAACCUACCACAUGCUUCUCCUUCAGGGGAGAGGAUGCAAGAGCAAACACUAUGUGACAGCUGUGUAGUCAAGUCGCACUCCUGGAAGGUGCUCAGAUACUCCAGUGAUGGAUAUGAUAUAAAAGCCUAUGUAGAGCAGAAGAGUGUAAUAAAGAACCAAGGAACUACCACAGAAUGUGGAAGAAAAACAAUUGAGGUAUCAAGCCUUCAAAAACAGGUGGUGUGAUCCUGGCAAUUCCCAUCUAGCUAUACAGCUAACUUCAAGCCUUACUAAAAUAAUAGAGCAAAUAUUAAGCUGUCAGUCCACACCCCAGACGAGUGACUCCAAGAGUGGGACGAUCUAUAAAAUCAUAACUGGUGUAGAGAAAAUAGAUAAUGAAGUUUUGUUUACUAUUUCUCAUAACACAAGAAGUAGGGGUCACCAAAUGAAAUUAAUAGGCAGCAGGUUUAAAACAAAUAAAAGGAAGUAUUUCUUCACACAGCGCAAAGUCAACUUGUGGAACUCCUUGCCAGAGGAUGUUGUGAAGGCCAAGACCAUAACAGGGUUCAAAAAAGAACUAGAUAAAUUCAUGGAGGAUAGGUCCAUCAAUGGCUAUUAGCCAGGAUGGGCAGGAAUGGUGUCCCUAGCCUCUGUUUGCUGGAAGCUGAGAAUGAACGACAGGGAAUGGAUCACUUGAUGAUCACCUAGUCUGUUCAUUCCCUCUGGGGCACCUGGCACUGGCCACUGUCGGAAGAAAGGAUACUGGGCUAGAUGGACCUUUGGUCUGAGCCAGUAGGGCCGUUCUUAUGAUCUGCGGUCCCCCACCAAAUUCUGGCAUUCAGCCCCAUCUGCCAGAGCCUUCACCCCAAACAUCUGCCCUGCCUCUGAGAGCUCUUCUACAUGCCUUUCUUGCACGUCCUCCUGCUUUCCCUCAGCUGUCUCUGGCCAUCCAGCCUGCCACUCUCCUCCACUAUGUGGGGCUGCUAGCCCACAGCCUGCUCAUCUGCUCACCAUUCACAGGCCUUUCAAUCCUCUGGCACCACACACUAGCCCUCCUGACCCUAGACACUCCAUCACUCCCACCACGAUCCUCAUCUCUGCUGCCACAGGCAGACCGUAGACCUUUCCCUAUGGCUACUCAACAGCAUGCAGGGAUGGGAGGAUUGAAGAGGAGAAAUCUGUGAGAAUCCAAACAACAAGAGCCCUAAACACCAGUUACAGGGCAUAAGCCAGGCCAGACAAACUCAACUGCUUUUCUUUGGAACAUGGCAUUGCAACAUUAGUGACUGAGAAUACACUGGGUACUUGGGCGUUAGUAGAACAUCUGAGACAGCAUUCCUUGGAAUCUGAAUUGAAAUAGUUCAUUCAGAUUGGUUUAGAUCUGAGCAGUGUUCCAUGCCUGAAACUGCCUGAGGGCUCCAAACAGCAGCUUGUACUAAUGACUAUGUAUCGAGUUUGGGGGAGACUUUUUUGGGUCAGCUGUGUAGGUUUACUGAAAGGAGGGGUGUUGUAAACCCCAGAGAGGCUGAAGAAAUAAUCCAAAGGUCCCUAGAUGGUCGGACAUGAGAGCAAGGAAUGAAACAAGAAGGAAAAGUUGUCAAUUCAAUGAGCAUAGGAUUCUUAGCCAGCAGCGCUGUCCAAAGCAGCCUACUGUAAGGGUAAUGUGGGAGGAGAAGUCUUCAAAUUAUACAUGUGGGGGGGGAGGGAGAUUAUAAAAUCAAGGGCUAGUUUCAUCCCUGGUGUAAUUUUGAUCACCUGGGUGGAGUGACACCAGGGAUGAACCUAGCCCAUUGUGCGAUGGGCAUGACACGCAAGCCGUCUGUACGCAGGCAUCGCACCAGAGUGUGGAAAGGCCUCACUAUGGUGCACCCCAUGGAGGUGGUGUUUCUUAAAAUGCUACUGGGCAUCUAUCUACACAGCAAAAUGGAGAGAAUGCUGAGGACCCCACAAUCCUGAAAGGAGCUGGAAGGGUUAAUUCAGGAUGAGAGAACUAAAUCUAUCCCUGUGCCUUGGUCACGAUGGAGAAUGAAGGGGGCAUGCGGCACUCAGCUAACAUGAUGGGUGAACUGCAAGGAGAGAGGGGAGUUGUUCAGGGUGAUCUUUCGGUCUGUAAUUUCUGUUGUGCCACAGAGACUGCAUCAUAAUUCAGGAGAAAUUUCUUCCUCAUCCUGCCCCAUGGUGGGCUGUGAGAGAGGGCUGGGUCCAGCCCAUUCUCCCCAGAACAAAGUUUGAGACUAUUCUGCUAUUCUGCCUGUGAACAGCCUGCCAGGUGAACCAGAGACAAGCGCUACAGAGCAAUGCAUACUAGGAAUAAACUAGACACUCAGAAGACCAGAUAGAUCCUUGGUGCAGAGAGCUUUUGUAAUAUAACCAGAGCAGGGCAGGAACUUUCCUGUUCCCAAAUAUUUUUGAGAGUUUGAAAUC